GGAGUUCCGCUGAAGCAUUCCGAAAUUAUCGAACAAAAGCCCUUUUCUUCAAUCCAAUCCGCCGACUCUACCCUGAUGAAGGUUGUAAAACGCGAGGACCGUCCGUUGUCACCCAAUGAACAUGACGUGAAAGAAAAUCUCCCCACAAAUGUCAUUUUCAAUUUGGUACCUAAAAUAAAGAAAGGAGAAAAAGAAGAAUUUGUUGGAGAUGAUCUGCUCAAUACCUUACACACUUGUAUCGAAAUCAAGAACGAGAUACCUUCGCAGUCCUUGGAUUCAGAGAGGGUUGAAAAAGGGAACAAUCUCCAUCCUUUGAUGAGGAGUUCCUCGACCCAACCCCAUGGCGCUGUACCAUCGUUUGAAGAUGGAGACGCCACCACAUCCAGAAUGACCAUCCAACCUGCCGACACUCAUGAACAGGAACACUUUCCGUAUUGGCAUCAAACGGAAACGCGUAACCUUCACGUUAACCCGCGUGAAGUUGGAGGCGCUAACACAUCCAGAAUGACCUUCCAACCUGCCGACACUCAUGAACAGGAACACUUUCCGUAUUGGCAUCAAACGGAAACGCGUAACCUUCACGUUAACCCGCGUGAAGUUGGAGGCGCUAACACAUCCAGAAUGACCUUCCAACCUGCCGGCAGUUAUGAACAGGAACACUUUCCGUAUUGGCAUCAAACGGAGACGCGCAACCUUCACGUUAACCCGCGUGAAGUUGGAGGCGCCAACACAUCCAGAAUGACCAUUCAACCUGCCAGCAAUCAUGAAGAGGAAUUCUUUUCAAAUCCACAUCAAAUGAAAACGCGUGACACCCACGCUAACCCGGAGGUGGCUUUCCCAUACAACGUUCCCCGACUUGAUAAAGCUCAAACUUUCAACGUUCCUGCCUCUUGCUCGAUAUCUAGGACAGGAAUACAGGAUACUUUCCCUUUUAGAGGUCAUGUUCAGCCCCAGCUUUUUGCGCUGACUCAUUUGUUACACAGACUGAACGACCAGCCCCAACCACAGCUGAUACGCCACCCCUUCCCGGGAUCUCAGGGCUUCGUGCAUCAAAACGGACGCAAUAAUCAAAUAGAAAUCCCCCUUACACCUUCAAGUACGUAUCACUUUGAACCUCGUCAAACACCGUUCAAUAUGAACAUCAAUCAGGAAAAUUUAGCGUCGGUAAGAAACGACGCGAAUUAUUUUAGGCACGCCCGUCAAAUUCAUUUUCCUGCAGGGCAAAGACAAAAUCAUGAAUUUCAUGUUGAUUUACGUAGCAGUGGCAGAGCGUGUGAAUGCUAUCAGUGCCGGAGUAUGAAUCAAAGGAACGGCUCACUUCCACUCGGCUUUGCCCCUCGUCAAAUGCCGUUGUAUAAUGAUCACAGGGAGAAAAAUAUACCAACGCAAGUUUUCGCAGUAAACAGCGAAAACAAUUCUAGCUCUGCGCAGUCCAGCGUCACACCAGGAGACCAGAGCUGCAGUGAUAGUGGUGGAAGGCCGUUCAGCUGCACUUUUUGCGCUGACUCGUUUGUUACACAGACUGAAUUAAAAAUACAUAUGAGAAGGAAUAGCGGUAAAGUGUACGGCUGCCAUUAUCUUUGUGUCCACUCGUUCAGUAAUCCAUGUAAAUUGCAAAAACACAUGAGAGUGCAUACGGGUGGAAAACCAUUCCGUUGCCAGCAGUGUCCCGCAUCUUUCCAAGGAGAAUGGAAUCUCAAAAGUCAUAUGUUAGCCCGUCAUAGCGAUGAAAACCCAUUCCGUUGCCCGCAAUGUUCCUCGUCAUUCACCUGUAAAAGUUCCUUGACGUUCCACUUGAAGAAGCAUUCGGGUGAGAGACCCUUCCCUUGCGAUCAGUGCGAUGCAUCCUUUCAAGCCAAAAACUGUUUAAUGAGACACAAGACAGUGCAUAGCAGAGAAAGACCAUUCGUAUGCGAGCAGUGCGGUAGUGCUUUCGCCAGGAAAAACGGUCUUACGAAGCACUUGGUAGUCCAUACUAACGAAAGACCUUACAGGUGUGAACAUUGCGACAAGUCUUUCAAAGCGCGGGUGACUCUAAGGGAACACAUGAGAGCGCACAAUGGUGAAAAACCGUUCAUUUGCGCGCACUGCUCAGCUGCAUUUCCCGUCAAAGGCGAGCUCUAUCGGCACAUGAUGAUACACACCGGCGUGAAACCGUACAAAUGCAAGUAUUGUCCCUUCGCGUGUAAUCAGGGGAACAGUUUGAAGAGACAUUUGAGAACGCACACCGGCGAGAAACCGUUCACCUGCGAUCAUUGUUCGGUUUCGUUCACUCAGAAAGGGAGUUUGAUCUCGCACCUAAAACAGCACUCUGAUGGAAAUCCGUACAGAUGCGAUCAUUGCUCUGUUUCUUUUAGGCGGAAGAGCCGCUUAGCUCAGCACAUGAAGAUUCACUCCUGCGAAACGCCUUUUUCUUGCGAGCAAUGUCCUUUCGCGACCAAUCAGAAGAGCAGCUUCACCAAGCACAUGAAAUUGCAUUUAGGCGACCAAGUCUUCACCUGCGACCACUGCUCGGCUGCGUUCGCCAGGAAACGGAGGUUGAUCUCUCACUUGAAACGGCACGAUCGUGUAAACCGACUAGUUAUGGAGGAGACUGCUCCGGCUAUUCCAGUGCAAGGACAACGAAAUAAAAGUAAUUAGAAUGAGCUUUGAAGCUUAGUUAACGGGAAUACCCAAGGGGAUGGAACGAAACUCUUGAUGAAGGUACGUAAAUGAAUACAUCCCUGGGGAUCAGGGGAAUAUGACAGUUAAAAAAAUGAAGAGUUUUUGUAACUAUGAAUAAAAUAAGAUGAAUAUAUUACUCUGAAUCCACACAGUCCCAUUUAAACCCCUAGAUAAUAAUAGCCGUACCGAAUAAUGCUCGAUUUUCAUCAUUUGGAGUUGGACUACACUAUGUAAUUAGGUACUUUUCUGUCUCAGUUUCAAAAAACGUAUGUACUUAACCCUAGUGUUCCUAUGCCUAUAAGUGUUUAUACGGAUGAACUAGAAAUUGUAAUUCCCAAUUGGAAAAUGGAGUCCAUUUGGUAAAAUCUGUGUGAAAUAGGACUACAUUUUUCAAUGAGGAACUACAAUUUCCGGGUUAGAUUAAAAACAACCCUACUGAAAUUUGUGUUUCACGGAUGAGCCAAGAAUUCUAGUUCCUUUCUCCAAAAUUUAGUUCAACUGGACGGAUUUUAACAGAAAGGAUUUAAAUCCAAUCAAACACGAGCUCUUACAUCCAUGAGAAAACAUGCAUGGAGUAGUGUAGUCCAACACUACAUAUUUUUAGUAUUUAAUUUUGUUUGUAUGUGCCUCGGAUUGUUUAUAGUUCAUUUGUCUGUCACUACAUUUUUAGAUUGUUUUAUAGUUUUAGGAAUGAUCAAUAAUCAUUACUUUCCCACCGCAUACUCAAAGCACCAUUCUGAAACCUUAAGGGUUUCGCUGAAGUCAAAUGAAUCGCAUGGUGUUUUCAUCCAUAAUUGAUCUCAGUGAUAUUUAAGAUAAAGAGAUUUAAGACUGAGUAUGAUUAUUCAAUCAAAUUGUUUAAUUAUAAUUGUAACAAAAAUCGUUUGUCUUUGCAAUUGCAUGUAAUUUUACUUUCCUUCGUGAUACAAUACUUAGUUCCUACAAAACGAAGUAAAAAAAUAGUGCAUUUCCUUCGGUAAAUACACUAAAAUACGCGCACGGGUAAAGCAGCUUUAUUUUAAAUAUUAAUUAUGUUCCACUUUUUUUCAUAAAUCCUUCUCCAGAAAAGAAAUCUGAGUAAGAACUCGCACAGCCGGUUAUUCCUCAGUGAUCAUUCAAAGGGUUGCGCUGGGACCCAAUGAAUCAUGUUACCCGAAUCUAUCGUUGAUCUUCAAUCGAGAUGAAGCGUGAUUUUGUUUCAGUCAAAUUAGUGCCUUUUUAAUCAUAACAACUUUUAUCAUUCACCUUUGUGUUUACGUGUUUGUAAUUUUUUGUUUCUUUGUAACAAUUAAUAGUUCCUAAAAAUAAUGAAUGAAUAAAAUAUGAGCUUUUUUUCAAAUA